UUCUGUUUCUUCUCCAUCUCUGAUCACCCUUUUCCACAUUGUUUUACAGAGGAUAUUUCAAGCUUCAAGGGCAGACGUACCUUAUUGAACCCUUGAAGCUUCCCGACAGUGAAGCCCAUGCAGUCUACAAAUAUGAAAAUAUAGAAAAAGAGGACGAGGCCCCCAAAAUGUGUGGAGUAACCCAGAAUUGGGAAUCAGAUGAGUCCAUCAAAAAGGCCUCUCAGUUAUAUCUUACUCCUGAACAACAAAGAUUCCCCCAAAGAUACGUUAAGCUUGCAAUAGUUGUGGACUACGGAAUGUACACAAAAUACAAUCGCGAUUCAAAUAAGAUAACAGUACGGGUACAUGAAAUGGUCAACCACGUAAAUGAGGUAAGAGGACAUGGUGAAUAUUAUUUCACUUGUUGAUUUUAAACUUCUCUC